AUGCUCCCACUGGUCCUCUUUCUUUAUUAUAUACCCUCUUGGCCCUCUUUCCUCAUUAUAUGCACUCCUGACCCUUCCUAUAUUAUAUACCCUCCUUCGACAUUAAUACCCACCUGGCUCUCCUUCCUCAUUAUACACCCUUCUGACCCACUUUCUUUAUAUCCUCUCCUGGUCCUCCUUCCUAAUUAUAUACCCUCUCUGGCUUCCCUUCUUCAUUAUAUACCCUCUUUCCUCAUUAUAUACCCACCUCAUUCUCCUUCGUCAUUAAUACCCACCUGGCUCUUCUUCCUCAUUAUACACCAUCCUGGCCCACUUUCUUUAUAUACCCUCCUGGCCCUCCUUCUUCAUUAUAUACCCUCCUCUGACUCCCCUCCCUCAUUAUAUACUCUCCUGGCACUUUUCUAUAUAUCCCCUCCUGGCCCGUCUUCUUCAUUAUAUAACCUCCUCUGGCUCCCCUUCCUCGUUAUAUACCUUCCUGGUCCUCCUUUCUCAUUAUACACCCUCCUGGCUCUCUUUCUUCAUUAUAUCCCCCCCUGGCCCUCUUUUCCCAUUUUAUGUCCUCCUAGUCCUCGUUCUUCAUUAUAUAUACCCUCCUGUCCCUCCUUCGUCAUUAAUACCCGCCUGGCUCUCCUUCCUCAUUAUACACCCUCCUGGUCCACUUUCUUCAUUAUACACCCUCCUGGCCCACUUUCUUCAUUAUAUACCCUCCUCUGCCUCCCUUUCCUUAUUAAUACACUACUGGCUCUCCUUCCUCAUUAUAUCUCAUUCUGGCCCUCUUUCCUCAUUUUUUACCCUCCUGGCCCUCCUUCCACUAUUACAUGCCUUCCUGGCUUUCUUUCUUCAUUAUAUACCCUCCUGUACCUCUUUCUUCAUUAUAUACCCUCCUGUACCUCUUUCUUCAUUAUAUGUCUUACUGGCGCGCCUUCCUCAUUAUAUCUCCGCCUGGCCCGUCUUUCCUCAUUAUAUCCCCGCCUGGCCCCUCCUUCCUCUAUUAUAUGCCUUCCUGGCCCUUCUUACUCAUUAUGUACCCUCGUGGCCUUUCUUCGUUAUUAUAUACCCUUCUGGCUCUCCUUCCUCAUUAAUACACUACCGGCCCUCCUUACUCAUUAUGUACCCUCCUGGCCCUUCUUCGUUAUUAUAUACCCUACUGGUCGUCGUUCUUUAUUAUAUACCCAUCUGGCUCUCCUUCCUCACUAUAUACACUUCUGGCCUUCUUUCUUCAUUAUAUGCCCUCCUCUCUCUCUUUCCUCUUUAUAUGCCCUUCUUGCUCAUUUAUGCUCCAUAUAG